UGGUGCAGUUGGCGGAAUAGGAAUAGAACUUGGUUAAGGUGAAGAAGGGAUCAGCAACGUGAGCUCUAAUAUACCAAACGUAGUCGAGUAGGUAUGCAACGAGGUUGCGAUGAAGUCGGGGUCACCAACGUGAGGAAUGUAGGCGGAACAAGAAUGAAACCUGGUAGUGGUGAAAAUGGAUCAGCAACGUGAUCGUUAAUCUACCAAAGGUAAACGAAAUAGCUAUGAAACUUGGUUGUCGUGGAGUCGGGGUCAUCAACGUGAGCCCUAAAGCUUCCAACAUAGUCGGAAUAGAGGUGGAAGGUGAUUGUGGGGAUGUCGGGAUCACCAAUGUGAGUUCUGAAGCUCCCAACAUAGUCGGAAUGAAGGUGGAUAGUGAUUGUGGUGAUGUCGGGAUCACCAAUGUGAGCCCUAAAGCUCUCAACAUAGUCGAAAUGGAGGUGGAAGACGAUUGUGGUGAUGUCGGGAUCACCAACGUGACUCCUAAUGCACCUCAGAUUAUCAUCUGUUGUCAGCCCAAUAAUCACUUCAUGUGUCUGGAGAAGCUUGAGAGUUCUUCGCCGCCGAGAACCCCAGUUUGGACGUAUAUUGAGCAUGCAAUAUAUUAGUAAUUUCAGUAUAUAUUUGUACAUUUUAAUACACCUACAAUUUUACUUCUAUUAAACCAGCUCUGUCGCUUUCUCCAUGUAUCUUUUAAUAUACACACCUUUAUUAUUUACCUCUAGCAUAACAAGCUCCGUUGCUC